AUAAUUAUUUCCAACCGCAGCUAACGACCCGCAAAACCCUAGACAUAUAGCAAGGCAGUUUUCUCACGGUCAUACCCUCCUCCUCGCUCAGAGUCUCAGUUUAGGUUAAGCGGCAUCUGCUUCAACCCUCUCACGCAGAUCUCCGCCCAAGAUGAAGUUCAAUAUCGCGAAUCCUACUACGGGAUGUCAGAAAAAGCUUGAAAUUGACGAUGACCAGAAGCUCCGUGCAUUUUUUGACAAGAGGAUAUCACAGGAGGUCAGCGGAGAUGCUCUUGGAGAGGAAUUUAAGGGUUAUGUAUUCAAGAUCAUGGGAGGUUGUGACAAACAAGGGUUUCCAAUGAAACAGGGAGUGUUAACUCCCGGUCGGGUGCGCCUUCUUCUCCAUAGAGGAACUCCUUGCUUCCGUGGAUAUGGAAGGCGCAAUGGAGAGCGCAGGAGGAAGUCUGUUCGUGGGUGCAUUGUCAGCCCAGACCUUUCUGUCCUGAACUUGGUAAUUGUGAAGAAGGGUGAGAACGAUCUUCCUGGACUGACUGACACAGAAAAACCAAGAAUGAGGGGUCCUAAGAGGGCUUCCAAAAUCCGUAAACUCUUCAAUCUCUCCAAGGAGGAUGACGUUCGAAAGUACGUCAAUACCUAUCGUCGAACAUUCACAACCAAAUCUGGCAAGAAGGUUAGUAAAGCUCCUAAGAUCCAGAGACUGGUAACUCCUUUGACUUUGCAAAGGAAGCGGUCAAGGAUUGCAGAGAAAAAGAAGAGAAUUAGCAAGGCGAAAGCAGAGGGUGCGGAGUACCAGAAGCUCCUCGCCGCAAGAUUGAAGGAACAGAGGGAACGGCGGAGUGAAAGCUUAGCUAAGAAAAGGUCUAGGCUAUCUGCUGCUUCAAGGCCAUCUACCGCAGCAUAAACUUAUUUCUGGUCUUUUAAUUAUGUUGGCAACAGAUGUUCUUUCAUUUUGAUUUCCAUACUUUUUGCAAUGGGUUAAGAUUCUUGGAAAUUAAUUGGAUUGCCCCCCUGUACUUGAUGCUAGGGUGAAAUUUACAUGGGAAAUUUUAGUACUUUUUCUUUCA